GUUGUUGAUAUUGAAGGGAAACGAAAUGCCAGAAUAGCUUUGCCUCUCAUGAGCCCUGUAGCAGCAUAUGCUGACAUGCAAAAGUCCCCAUCAUAGAAAACGGUCCAAAUAAGCCCCAUCAAAUGACACAAGCAUUAUCUAAGGAAAAAAAGUGUGGCGCGCGAAUAGGCUUAUCAACAUGGAGCAUAGAACAAAAUCAGCUGAGACAGAGGACUAGAGCUUGGAAUCACCAUGGCAGCCCUAAGCUGCCAUUUUCAUUUCACAGUUCAUAAAGUUUCUAAGAAUGUGAUAACCAGGCCGUUAAUCUCCUGCUCAAUGCAACCUUCUCAGAGUAAUAUUAAGGUAGUUAUAAAUGGAGCAGCAAAGGAAAUAGGAAGGGCAGCAGUAAUUGCAGUAACAAAGGCACGAGGAAUGGAGGUGGCAGGUGCUGUAGAUUCCCAUUUUGUCGGAGAAGAUAUUGGAAAGCUUUGUGACAUGGAAGAGCCUCUUGAAAUACCAAUAAUAAAUGACCUUACUAUGGUAUUAGGUUCCAUAUCUCAGUCAAAAGAAACAGGAGUAGUAGUUGAUUUUACUGAUCCUUCCACAGUUUAUGACAAUGUGAAGCAGGCAACAGCAUUUGGCAUGAGAAGUGUGGUGUACGUUCCUCGGAUUAAACCCGACACGGUUGGAGCAUUAUCUGCAUUCUGUGACAAAGCCAGCAUGGGUUGUCUGAUUGCACCAACUCUGUCCAUUGGUUCUAUACUCCUUCAGCAAGCUGCCAUUACAGCGUCCUUUCAUUACAACAACGCAGAAAUUGUUGAAUCAAAAGCAAAUCCAAUAGAUUUUCCGUCAAUGGAUGCUAUUCAGAUUUCAAAGAACCUCUCUAAUCUGGGUCAGAUUUACAACAGAGAAGAUAUAUCUACAGAUGUUGUGGCAAGAGGCCAAGUUAUAGGAGAGGAUGGUGUUAGGGUACAUAGCAUGGUCCUACCAGGGCUUCCCUCUAGUACAACUGUUUACUUCUCUGGCCCAGGAGAGGUUUACUCUAUUAAACAUGAUAUCACUGAUGUGCAAUCCCUCAUGCCUGGCCUGCUCUUGGCUAUCAGAAAGGUCAUCCGACUUAAGAAUCUAGUGUAUGGGUUGGAGAAAUUUUUGUGAGCUGCCAAACAUCCUUCUCAGGCUUCUGCAUGGAACCUAAUAUUUUUACAGUUUAGACAAAAAAAAAAAAAAACCGUGACAUCCUGUGGACAAAAGUUACAGAAGGGGGAGGGAGAAGAAGAUUUUUUUACUUGUUACUUUGUGAUGAGCAUAUCCAAUUAUUUUCAUUCACUUUGAAGUUUAUGUGAUUCAGUAGACUAAUUUCAUGCGAUUUCAUGUUUUGAGCUUCUGAUUUUUGAGAUAUAACAUGAGGUAGGCUUGUUUAAGGUUC